AUGAGCUCGGUCCGUGCAAUUACAUAUCGCAUUUUACGAAAAGCUUCUCAGCUACCUGAUGAAUUGUCAGUAUUGCUAAAUAUGCAUAUGGAUAGCUUUGUAAUAAGAUCUUUAGAAAUUGACACUAAUAAUUCUGACGAGCGCAUUGAGGCUUUAAAAUUAUGUUCAAUGAUGUUAAGUCAUAUGAAUAUAAAAGCAAAAGUUUCGGAUAAUGAUGGGCUGAAGAAGAAGGACUAUUCGAGUGCUGUUUUUCCAGAAAAUAUUUAUCGUACUUUAAUUUCAAUUGCUAGUUGUUUUUUCACGAUACAACUAGAUAGAACAAAAGUUGAAGAAAAGAAAGAUGAACUGGGAUUUUCAUGUUUUGCUGUAAUAAUCGAGCAGGCUGCUGUUACUCCGGACCUCAUUUUGAAUUCUAUUGAUACAGGUUGGAUUGUAGAACUUCUCACAUAUGCAGCAUUUAGUGAUCGCUUAUCUACGUGUGUUUGUCGAAUUUUGUGUUCGUGGCUUGAUUCACCACAUCUAAGGAUGCAGGCUAAAUUAAGAUUGGUCUUGAAUGUAUGUCCUUAA